UUUAGGCCAACUUCAGAACAAAUCAGCCAUGCGCAAAAUCGUGAAACGAGUUCGACUACAGCAACAGCAAGCGCCUAGAAAUCCUGACAAUAGGGCAACUUUGAUAAUUCCACGUGACUACAGCCGAUACGAGUCAGAGCCUGGUGUCUAUGAGCAAUUUCUGUUGGCAGACAGUGGAGAGGGCGAUGAGCAACGCAUUCUCAUUUUUGGUAGAGAAAGUUUUCAAGAUUGGUCUCAUCUCAUUGAAGAGCUUUACGUCGACGGCACAUUUCUGAUUUGCCCUGUUUUGUUUUAUCAAUUCUUUGUGGUCUUGGCUCGACGAAAUGACUAUGUUCUGCCGAUUUUCUACUGUCUUCUUCCCAACAAAAAUGAGAACACUUACGCGAGGACUUUUGGAAUGAUAAGAAGAAUUUUUCCCAAUCUUAAUCCCGACUCAAUUAGCGUAGACUUUGAAUUGGCUAUUCAUAAUGCAAUUAGGACUAUCUUCCCUGAAUCUCAUAUUCGUGGUUGUUUUUUUCACUUAUUCUCUAAUUUAAAAAAGCACUUAUCUUCAUUAAAUCUUCUCAAUCAUUAUAACACAAACCCUGAAUUUGCUCUUAAUUCUCGAAUGAUUGUAUCACUUGCUUUUGUACCCCAAAAUGAUCUCUUAGAAGCCCUCAAUAUGUUAGAAAAUUAUCUCCCUCUUGAAUUGGAACCUAUUCUUGCAUAUUUCACAAAUACUUAUAUUGGUAGAAUCCGAAAUAACGGUACCCGUGCCCCACCUACAUUUGUCCCCUCUUCAUGGAAUGUCUACGAACGUACAAUCAACAAUCAACAAAUCAAGAUAAAACUAACAACUACUGUGAGGCGUUUCACAAAAAAGUCCAGUUACAGUUAGGAGUUGCUCAUCCAACCAUUUGGAAGUUUUUGGAUGAAUUGAAAAAAGUUGUAAAACUAUGUGAUGCACAGUACGAACAAUUUGUUGGAGGCCAUCAUGCAGCAAGGAAAAGAAGGAAAUAUGAAGAAGCGGAUGAAAGAAUUUCAAAUAUUGUUAACCGCUACGAGCUUGGCACUGUCGUUGAAUACUUACGAGGA